UCGCUUAGUAAACUCACGAGAUAUCAGCUAUACAAAAGAACGGAAAGAUGAAAUUUUCAAUUUUAUCAUUAAGUUUUGCCGUGAUUUUCAUGACAACAAUCAUGUAUACUAAAGCGGAAGCAGAAGCCAAUGCUGAUGCCGAUGCGGAAGCUGAAGCUGAGGCGAAAGCUGAACCAAAAACCGUCUGGGGCACAUUGUUUUCAACACUGGCGUCAAUGAUACCGUCCAUUAUAUCUCAAAUACAAAGUUAUUUCCAAUAAUCAAAACAGUCGACGGCACAUAAACAUAAAAAACAAAAAAUGGAUGACUCCGAACAUAAGAGAAAAAUGAAUAGCGUACUUAUAUUAUUAGAAACUACAUUGUUGGAUUUUACUUUCGACAACUGUUACGAUAAUGUAAUUUAAACCAGCAUUUUAUUAAGGAAUAAAA